AUGGGGGUUCGACUUGAUAAAGACUGUGCAUCUAUGCGAGGUGGUAUAUACACUUUUCGUGCACAAGGACAAAUAUAUCACUUUUUGGAUCAGUUAGUUCCAAAGGAAGAUGGGCCAAAGUACAUGCAAUUAUACUUUUAUGAUACUGAUUAUGACAUCAAUCAUAGAUUGCAAAGAACAUCUUAUCUUGAUGACAAAAUGGUUAGCAAGCUUGUGCGCAUUCUAUCUACAAAUCCAUAUGUUGCAAGUUUUAGGAGUCUUGGAGACAUUGGAACACUUGAUAAUUAUAGGAUUACUUUAAGCACAAGUGUUGAACUAGAUCAAAGAGUAUAUAAUGCACCUACUGCAUCGCAAGUUGCAGCUAUUUGGGUGGAAGGCAAUGGAUGUCCUCAAUUUUACAAGCGGAGCAUUGUUAUCUACGAUAGAUCCAACUAUACUCAUUUCAUUCAACCAUAUUAUGGAUGUUAUGAUCCAUUAUCGUACCCUCUAUUAUUUCCAAAUGGAGAUCCAGGAUGGCAACCAGAUAUACCUAUUGCAGGAGAAGGGAUAUCAUCUACAAACCAUGUAGACUGCAGGAGUAUUACUACUCUAACAUCACAGCAAAGUGAACAUAUCAUUAUAGAUGAUAAUGAAGGAGUUGGUAAACGUUACAGGAAACAGAUUUCUAUUAGAGAGUACUAUUGUUUUAGGCUUCAAAUUCGUCCUGCUGUGAAAUCUAUAUUGUUAUUAUCUGGAAGAUUAUUACAACAGUUUGUAGUUGAUAUGUAUAUUAAGAUUGAGUCAACGAGACUGGAUUUCAUUAUUAAGGACCAAAUAAGAAUUCGAGCCGAUUUGUAUCAAGACAUUGUUGAUAGUGUAGCAUCUGGUGAACUGCGUGGUAGUAUGGCUGACAAACGAAUUGUACUUCCCUCAUCUUUUAUAGGUGGUCCUCGGGAUAUCCGUCGGCGCUAUCUAGAUGCUAUGGCAUUAGUUCAACGUUAUGGCAAACCUGAUAUAUUUCUUACAAUGACAUGCAAUCCGGAUUGGGAUGAAAUUAAAGCAGAACUGAGGCCUGGAGAGCUAGCACAAGAUCGUCCAGAUUUGACUUCAAGAAUUUUUAGAGCUAAACUUGAAGACUUAAAAGACCAAUUAUUCAAAAGAAAUACAUUUGGUCAGGUUGCUGCGCAUGUGCAUGUAAUAGAAUUUCAAAAGCGUGGAUUGCCCCAUGCACAUUUUUUGAUUAUAUUAGCCUCUCAUAACAAAAUAACAACACCAGAUCAGUAUGAUAAAAUUGUGUCUGCUGAAAUACCCGAUCAAAUCAAAUAUCCUUUGCUCCACCAAUUAGUUGUCAAGCACAUGAUCCAUGGACCUUGUGGAGCAUUGAAGCCACAUAACGCAUGCAUGAGAGAAGGAAAAUGCAGAUUUCAGUACCCUAAACAAUUCACUGAGAAUACUAUUCAAGGAAAGGAUUCAUAUCCUAUAUACCGAAGGAGAAAAAAUGGUCGUAGAGUAAAAGUAAGAGGUGCCAUUCUUGAUAACAGAUGGGUCUCACCGUACAAUCCAUAUUUACUAAUGCGAUACAAUUGUCAUAUUAAUGUUGAAAUAUGCUCAAGUAUUAAAGCCGUUAAGUAUCUAUUCAAGUACAUAUACAAAGGUCAUGACAGGGGAGCAGUGAAUGUCGAGGGAUCAUCGAGUAACAUUGAAAUUAAUGAGGUUCAUUUAUUUCGAGAUGUUCGUUGGGUAUCUCCGCCGGAGGCUAUGUGGAGAAUUUAUCAAUUCAACUUAAAUGAAAUGUAUCCUCCCGUAAAGUCAUUACAAUUACAUUUACCUGAUAUGCAUUUUGUGACAUUUAAAGAUUUUGAUGAUUUGCAAAGAGUAAUUGACAGGGAGAACAGUUCGAAAACAAUGUUGACCGAAUACUUUCGAAUGAAUUUAGUUGAUCCAGAAGCUAGGAAUUAUUUAUAUCGAGAGUUUCCAGAACAUUAUGUGUGGUGUAGCACUGGAAAAUAUUGGAAAAGAAGACAGAAGAAGUACGAAAUAGGUAGAGUAGUAGCUGCUAACCCAGUGGAAGGAGAGCGAUAUUAUUUAAGGAUUUUACUAAAUCAUGUUAGAGGAGUUACAUCAUAUAUUGAUCUUUUAACUGUUAAUGGUGUAAUAUGUAACACCUUCAGAGAAUCGGCUGAAAAACGUGGACUUAUAGAUACUGAUGAUAGUAUUUCUGAAUGUUUAGCUGAGGCAUCAACAUUUCAAUUUCCACAAGGACUUCGACGACUAUUUGCAACAAUUUUAGUGUAUUGCGAGCCAUCAAAUAUACGUGCAUUAUACACUAUGCAUUUCAACUCAAUAUCGGAGGAUUUUCGACAGGGUAAUCUAGAUUCUAUUAGAGUCGAGCAACUUGUGCUUCGUGAUAUUUCAAUCUUUCUGGAAUCAAUGGGAAAGAAGAUUUUCAUGUAUGAUCUACCACCCAUUUUAGAUGACAUAGAUUAUUAUAUAGAUGAGGUGAGGGAAGUGCAUGACGAAUUGUCAAUUAUUGUUGAAGAAGAACACUUAAAUGCUCAACAUUCUCUAAACUCUGAGCAAAUGAUAGCGUUUGAAGAAAUUAUGAGUCACAUCCGUGAAUCAAAAAGUGGAUUAUUUUUUAUAGAUGGACCUGGUGGCACUGGAAAAACUUUUCUUUAUAAAGCAUUGUUGGCAAAAGUACGAUCACUAGGGCUUAUUGCUAUCGCGACAGCAACAUCAGGUGUGGCAGCUGCUAUCUUGCCUGGCGGUAGAACAGCACACUCAAGAUUUAAAAUUCCAAUAAUAGUCAAUGAAGACAGCAUUUGUCACAUUACUAAACAAAGUGGAAUUGCGAAGCUUUUAUGCCAAGCAACACUAAUUGUUUGGGAUGAGGCUUCUAUGACAAAAAGACAUGCAUUUGAGGCGCUUGAUCGGACAUUGCAAGAUAUAAUAGGAUGCACUUCACCAUUUGGCGGAAAGAUUAUGGUAUUUGGAGGGGACUUUAGACAAGUCCUUCCUGUCAUAAGACGUGGGACAAAAGCAGAGAUUAUUGAAUCCAGUUUAAGGGCAUCUUAUAUUUGGCCUUCGCUAAAAAAAUUCGAACUGAUUCAAAAUAUGAGAGCAAAGUCGGAUCCGUGGUUUUCACAGUAUCUAUUAAGAAUUGGAGAUGGAGUUGAAAAAACUAUUUGUGGUGACUAUAUUCAGCUUCCUAAUGAUAUGGUGAUCAAGUAUACGGAUAAUGAGCGUUCAAAAAAGGAGUUAAUCGACACAGUAUUCCCAUCUCUUAAAGAAAAUGCCAAUUUAUCUUCUUAUAUUAUAAGCCGAGCUAUACUUUCAACUAAGAAUGAAUACGUCGAUGAUAUAAACAAUGAAUUAAUACGGAAUUUUCCUGGAUCGGAAUUUGUUUAUUACAGUUAUGAUGUUGCUGACGACGAUACUCACAAUCACUAUCCGACAGAAUUUUUGAAUUCACUGAUGCCAAGUGGUUUACCACCUCAUAAGCUUACACUUAAAAUUAAUUGUCCUAUUAUCCUUUUGCGAAACAUCGAUCCGAUAAAUGGUUUAUGUAAUGGAACAAGAUUGAUUUGUAAGGCGUUCCAAAAAAAUGCAAUUGAUGCUGAGAUCGCUUAUGGGCAACACAGUGGAAAAAGGGUCUUUUUACCAAGAAUUCCAUUAUGUCCUUCAGAAGAUGACAAUCUUCCUUUUAGAUUUAAAAGAAAACAAUUUCCAGUACGUUUGAGCUUUGCUAUGACAAUAAAUAAAGCACAAGGACAAACAAUUCCAAAUGUCGGAGUAUAUCUUCCGGAACCAGUGUUUUCACACGGUCAGUUGAUGAGUAUUGUUUACUACACACCAAUCCAUUUUCUACAUCCUUAUCGGCAUCAGUUCAACAUAAGAGUAAGGCUACUUUUAAAGUGUGAUAUCGAAUAUCCUGGAACAAAAAGACAACGGCUUCAACUUUUACUUCUUGAUGAAAAUGGAUAUAAAAUUCAGGGAUUUGUAUACGGGAAUGACGUUGGAAGACUUGACAAAAUUAUUUUUGAGGGUAAAAUCUACACAUUUUUUAAUAUAAGAGUACGUCUUACAACUGCGGGACUAAAAAUUACAGCAAAUGACUACGAAUGUGUAAUCACAAGUGCUACAAAAGUUGAGGAAGUUACAGAAGGUUUCGCAAAAUUUCCAAAUUAUGCAUACUCAUUUGUUGCUUUGGAGAAAUUGGGUAAACUCAUCAACAAUAAAGUUCUGAUUGAUGUUGCAGGAAUGAUAGUUCAUGUGGAGAAGGCAGAGUUUAUAAAAGGACGCGAUGGCAAUCGUCCAAAAAGAGAGAUUAUAAUUAUGAAUAAAUCCCGUUGGUUCGUUAGAUUAACAUUGUGGGAUAGUCUUGUCACAACCCGAAUAGGCAUGUGGAAAGAUGCAGUACAAAAAAAACUUAUAAUAGUUGCAACUGCACUGCACGUAGAUUUCCGUAAAGGGGUUUGUUUGUCAACAAGUUUCGCAACGAAGAUACUUAUCAAUCCACAAAUUGCUGAACUUGAGGAGAUCAAAAGGAGCGAGAAUAUUGACAUCAAUGAUGCACAGAAGAUGGCUAUUGGAUCAAUGAUGCAGAGAAGAUGUUGGUUUAGGUGUAAAAGCCCAGGGAACAUGGCCAUGUGUCUAAGAACAUGGCCAUGUUCCGGACCGUCUGUCGGGUUGGGCUCCGAGCCAAAGAGCCAACGCGUCACGAACAUGGCCAUGUUCGGGGGAACAAGGCCAUGCUCCGGACCGUCGGGGGUUUUGGCUCUCGAGCCAAAGAGCCAACGCGUCACGAACAUGGGCAUGUUCGGGGGAACAAGGCCAUGUUCCGGACCGUCGGAGUUUGGGCUCUCGAGGUCUUACGACAAAAGUGAAGCAAAGCCGAGAUGA